GGUAUAGCUGCUUGACGGCCCAAAAAAAAUCCUCCCUGGGGCUAAGAUAUCUUUGUUGGCUUAGCUAAUUGGUGGACCGCCAGGCCAGACCUCCUGAAUAACCAAGACUUAACUCCUCUCAAACGACGACCAUGUGCUAUUUCGAACAGACGCGCUGGAUGUGUGGGUAUUGGAGAUGGGGCCACUUCCGACAACAGUGUACGAAGGAAUAUCGAACCGGAGAGACUUGCGGGCUAAAGUUGGUGUACUGUACCAACCAGGAGCAGGAUAACUGCAAACUCUGCAAAGACAUCGAGAAAAAGCAACGAAAGUAUAUCAAGCUCCAGAACGACAUCUACCGGUGGCAGAGGGAAGGGAACCGAACGGCAACGAUCGAGAAAGCCCAGAGGGAGAUGGGAGAGGUUGAUGAUGCGAUCCAGAACAUGCUCCAACAACAUCAGAGUAGGCAGUACUCGGUGGUGUAG